CGCAAUACCCUUCGUACAGCUUCGGACCAUUGAGGAUGCCCAAGAUUCGUAGAAGUUCUUCGUCGCAUGGAGCAUUAACGACAACCGGUACUGACGAUACUGUACGCAGCAGAAAAGACUCUGAUGCGAGAGACCGGACCUCCUAUCCGACAGACCCGUCGAGCGUCUACGGCAACGGUUGCUUCCAAAGGAUGAGCAUCUUCUGCGCUCAGCUGGCAGCUUUCGUAUUUCUCUGUCAUGCGCUUUCCAUCACACUGAUUGCACCAUAUGUAGACCACUGGUGCAAGCCUCCGAUUCAGUACAGCAACGUCAGCGCUGAUGAGUGGAAGAACAUGAGCAUCCCUUACGAGGGAGGUCGCUACAGCCACUGCACACAGUAUGACAAUACAGAUUCUCCCGCCAACAGAACCAUCCUCGAUUGCAGCGCGUGGGAGUAUGACCGGAGCACGUACAGUGAGACGAUCGUUACCCGCUGGGACCUUGUAUGUGGAAGGAAGCGUCUCGUGUAUCUCGAGUCGACGAUCUUCAUGAGCGGAGCAACGGUCGGUGUGCCUAUCGCCGGGAUGCUAUCGGAUAAUAUUGGACGAAAGCCCACCAUCUCUGUUGCCGUCAUCGUACUGAUCGCCUCUGGUCUCGCAGCCUGCUUCACAAGAACCUUCUUUACCUUCGUAUUGUUUCGCUUCUUUGUGUCAGCAUCGGUGGCUGUUGUGCGCAUCAUGACGUUUAUUCUCGUAUUCGAGGUUGCCACCCCGGAGCUACGUUGCUUUCAGUGCACCCUCGUACAGCUGGGUCAUGCCCUUGCAUUGGCUUUCGUUCAUGGGCUGAGAGAACUUCACCUGGGCAGUACACUCGCUCAGGUCAUCGUCAUGGCACCCACUUGCUGUCUUAUUUGCUCGUUCGUUAUGCUCGAGGAAUCGCCCCGUUGGCUCCUGGCCAUGUCCGACGUGCAAGCCGCCGAAUGCGUCAUUAUGUGGGCGGCGAAGGUGAACGGUCUCUCUCUGCCGGAAGCGGCGAAGCGACUGCAAGUGCUGAAGAAACGGUUACGCCGGGAGGUAGACUCUUCCACAAAGAUGGUUAGUGCGACCUUGUUGAGUUUAAUUCGUUCGGACACGCUGAAGGAGCGAACAAUUAUUAUCUGUACCUGCUGGACGUCAUUUAUCCUUACUUACAAUCAAUUCAGGCUGACCAUUAAGGUUACUGCGUCAAGCGUUGCCAGGAUGGUGGGAACUAUUGGUCAGUGCCCGGCUAUCGCGGUGGCAUACCUUCUCAUGGAAAGGCUGGGUCGCCGGAUUCUUGUCAUGAUGUCAUUAAUUGCCAUCAGUGCGCUCCUGCUCCUCCAAGUGUUAGCACGCGCCUUGAACCUCGGGGAUAUCUUGAGAGAUGUGCUGAUAGUUAUGGAAGAUGCAGUGUUACCAGUAUUGAUCGUCGUUAUAUAUAUAUUCACUAUGGAACUGUAUCCCACAGAGCUGAGAAGUGCCGCAGUGUCAUCGGCGUACCUCUUUGGCAGGGUGGGGGCCCUCAUGGGUCCAGCACUGGCACAGGUUGGGCUUCUGACGCAUGCCAGCGUUCCCCUUGUGAUCACCGGAACUUUAGAUUUUCUCAGCGGCGUGCUUUCGGCUAAAUUGCCGGAAACGCGUGGAUUGGCUCUGAAGGACAAUGUUAAGGAGAAACAGGUUCGAAGUCUUGGAGACUUAGAUGUAGAGCGCACUCGUCACAAAUAAGAGCACGCAGGUGUGCUCGUAAGUGGCUCGUGCCAACGCUGUAAUAAAUGACGUUGCCUUCAGGGGAAAUUACGGUUACGUCAUCGGAUGA